UAUUUGCGUAUAGUGUAAUAUGAAAUUUGCAUUAGUUCUUUUGGGCCUUGCGGCCCUGGCUACGGCCGACGCGGCCAGUUGCGAUCCUACAAAGUGCGUACUUCCGGAUUGCAGGUGUCCGGGAACUGAUAUUCCCGGUGGCAUGGACAUCCAAAACAUUCCUCAGAUGGUGUACUUCACCUUCGACGAUGCCAUCACCGCAGAGAACUUUGGAAAAUACGAAUCCUCCUUCUUCCACAGGAAGAACCCGGACGGAUGCCCGAUGUCCGCGACAUACUUUGUUUCUCACGAAUACACCGAUUACAGCAAGCUCCAUCAAUUGCACGCUCACGGACAUGAGAUUGCGUUGCACUCCAUCACUCACACUUCGAUGUCCGAUUAUUGGCGCAAUCUUCCGGUUGAGGAGCACUUGAAAGAGUUCGGAGGCGAGAAGGUAUUGAUCAGCAAGUUCGGAAACAUCCCCGAAGAGGACAUCAAGGGCUUGCGUCUUCCGCUCUUGCAAUUAUCCGGAAACAACUCGUUCAUCGCUGCUAAUCAAAUUGGUCUCAGUUAUGAUUGUUCUUGGCCUUCGAGGCAAUUCGUCGAACCCGGUUUGUGGCCAUAUACCUUAGAUUCUGGAGCUACUCACGAUUGUCCUCUGGGUGAUUGUCCAACCAAUCUGCAGCUUCCUGGCUUCUGGGUCUCCCCGAUGGUCAUGUGGUUCGAUGACAUCAAUGUCAGUUGCUCCAUGGUCGAUGCCUGCACUAAUAUUCCUGACGAUGUCGACGGUAUUUUCAAGUUCAUGUUGAGGAAUUUCGAGUUGCAGUACAAAGGAAACAAGUCUCCAUUCGGUGUUUACAUGCACGCCGCUUGGUUCGGACAAAGGGCGAACGCUUUCGAAGCUUUCAACAAAUUCUUAGAUCAUCUCGAGUCCUUGGACGAUGUCUAUGUGACCAGCGUUGGUAGAGGAUUGAAUUGGGUGAAGAAUCCAAAGAAUCUUCAAAAUCUGGACGACGUCUGGUCCAAGUGCCAACAUACCUAUGAGCCAGUUUGCAAUUCGCAGGUUUGCAAAUUGUUCAAAGGUGUAGAGGAGAGGUACAUGACUGUUUGUGGUGAAUGCCCCAACGAGUAUCCUUGGUUGGAAAAUCCCUUGGGAGAUUAAUCAAAAAUGAUAUAUUUUAUUUAGUAAACAAUUAGUAUACUUAAUGUAAUAAUACACGCACAUAUAGUAGACAUAAU